AUGGAAAUCGUCGAGUCCGACCAUCAUGUAAACACUGUUUUGAUUACCGAGGAGCUAAACAUUGCACAAAAAAUCGUUUGGAACCACUUAAAUAAGGCUGGAUACAAAAAGAAGCUCGAUGUAUGGGUGCCAUACGAGUUAACGCAAAAAGAUCUUAUGGACCGAAUUUCCAUCUGCGAAUCGCUGCUGAAUCGCAACAAAAUCGACCCAUUUCUGAAGCGAAUGAUUAUUGAUGAUGAAAAGUGGGUCACUUACGACAACAUCAAGCGAAAACGAAUCAUCUAUGAGCUGCUCCUCUACGGUCAAACUCUUAAUUCGGACCUGUACUGUCAACAAUUGGACCAUCUGGAGGAAGCAAUCGCUCAGAAGUGGCCAGCUUUGGCUAAUAGAAGAGGAAUUGUGUUCCAUCAGGACAACGCCAGGCCACACACAUCGAUAGUGACUCGCCAGAAGCUCUGGGAGCUUGGUUGGAAGGUUCUUAUGUAUCCACCUUAA